AUGCGAAUAUGGAAUCGAUGGGUUGCUGAGGGUCUUACUGAAUGGCAUGCAGGAUCUCAAUGCCCUCCCAUGACUAACGCCCGAGAGGACAGACAUAUUGUAUACCUCAGUACACGAAGAGGUUGUUGGGUAAUGCACAGAGUGGGAGACAACGGAAGACCAUUCGACGAAAUCUUCACUACUCGAUUUCUAAAUAUAUUAUUCAAUUUGGUUCCUCUCAACAUAUCGAGCUGGUAUAUGGAAAGAUAUUUGAAUAAGGCUUUCGAUCACGAAACUUACCAGUUAAAGCCCAAACACAGAUUCUUUCAGCAACAUCCCAUGGUUAGCGACGCAUUACCAAACAGAAUUUUGAGUGGUACGGUCACGGUCAAAGGGGAUAUCGAACGUUUCGAAGAAAACGGAGUACUUUUCAAAGGAGACUCCGAAGUCACCGAAGUAGACCACGUCAUUCUGGCCACCGGAUACCAAAUUAAGUUUCCUUUCUUGGAUAAGAAGAUAGUAGACACCACGGAUAAUCGAGUAGAAUUAUACAAGUUCGUAUAUCCUCCGCAUCUGAAACAUCCCACUUUAGGCUUCAUGGGUUUGAUAGAGUCUGUAGGAGGCGACUUUCCCAUCAAUGAAAUGCAAAUUAGAUGGUUUGUUCAAGUUCUAGUGAAGAAGGUUCUUUUUCCCAGCGAAGAAGAAAUGAGAAAAGACAUCAAGAAACAGUUGGAAGCAAUCGGAAAGCGUUACUACGAUGCAAAACAUCACACCAUCCAAGUGGAUUACAUCGAUUACUUGGACGAAUUAGCUUCGUUAAUCGGAGCGAAACCCAACUUCGUGAAGAUGUUUUUCACCGACCCAAAGUUAUUUUGGGCAUUGAUGACCGGUCCGAGUCUUCCUUAUCAAUACAGACNUUUAUGGAUAAAAUAA